UUGUGGACAACGUCAACAACAAUACGGUUAUAAACCAAUUUUAAAAUAUAAAGCCGUUGUAAUUUCCUAGUUUCGUUCAUGUGGUUAUUUAUAUAAUAAUAACUACUAGAAAAUGACGAAUACCAAACAAAUCAAAAUAACAAAGUUAUUCCGAAAAGGUGCUACCAAAGCAUCCGAUGACUGUCAAGAGUUGCAGGAAGAAAUACAGGAGUUAGAAAAACAGCUGGGGCAAAAACAUUAUGAGUUAUUUCAGAUACAGCGCAAUAAGUAUAGAAGUAAAUCUGCCAAAGUCAAUACCUUACCUAAAAAACCCGAAGUUUUUGUUAGACCGCAGAUUAUUAUGCUACAAAAUUCAAUUGAUACAAUGAAGAAAAACCUGGAGCUAACAUCGAUGGUGUCAGGCAUGGAGGUGCAGUCUUAUGUGUCUGGGGAGCUCUGCUGCAUUGUCUAUCACUUGCAGCAUGAUUCUCAACACCAAAUUAAACACUGUUUGGAAAUUGAUAUGACCUCUGGUAAAAAUGAGAUUAAAAGAAGUUCAUUCCCACUUGGCUUUAAUUUCAAAGCCAUUAUUGAUGAGUUUGACAAUGUGAUGAAACCAGCAUGUCUUGGCUCUAUAAGAAAAGCUCUUGUUGCAUAUUAUGAUAGACUCACACAAUUUGAUGCUUUAAAGAAAUUAUUAAAUAUUGAAGCAAAGUUAUUUAAAAAAUUAGAUUCAUCAUAUAUAGAGAUAUCAUUUUUCGCUGAAGCAAAUGUGGACAAUGAAUGUGUUAUGAUACCUAUAGUCCUCAUCCUCGACUAUGACAUCAAUGAUAUAAGGCCUAAAACUUACAGAUUCAAUGAUUCAGAUUUGUCGGAGGAUAUAUCGAGUGUUCUUCACACACAAUGUACUGUAUUCAGAAAGAAAGAGCUUCAUAAAGCAUUCCGUGAUGCAUUCAUGGAUGGUAUUGGACCCUACAAGCUGUUGAAACAGCUAACAGUAGAUGAACCGAAUUAUCAGCAACAAAGACGCAAGCGCUUCCGACCCAACAAACACAACCCCCACAAUGAUGACACUUUUCUACCCGAGGAAUGUUCAGACCAGGGUGACAAUGAUGAUGACAUUUAAUUUAUACUGAGACUUUGCCUUGAUAUUAAUUUUGUUAAGUAAUAUAAAAUUUGAA